UGCUUAACAACAGCAGCAGCAGCAGCGGAGAGUAUCUGAUCUGCAGCGCUCAAAACACCGCAUUAAAUCCGGUUAUUAAUCCGAUUUAACCUGUUUAACAGCGUCCCUGAUAUAUAGAGACGAGGGAGGGUUGUGCGCGGACAUGUUCAGAUGAGCAGGUGAGUGUGGAAUGACGACGUCUCAGAGGUAUCAGAGCUCCAGAGCUAAAGCCGGACUCUCGGACAUGGAGUUCCAGACGCCGGCUAUAUCGGAGAAAUUCCAGAGCCGCUUUGGCUGGAAGCCGAGCCGAGCCGAUCACGCGGACACCGGGCUGGGCACCACGGUCUCGGACAGCGCAGAAGAGCUGUGCAGCUCCAGCAGCAGUCCGUCCUUCCAGCCAAUCAGGAGUCAGAUCCCCAUCCCGACGGCUCAUGUCAUGCCGUCCACCGCCGGUCCCCCGGCAUCGUCGACCCGGUCCAGUUCCUCCAGCUCCAAAUCCUCCCUGUCCAAAUCCGUAUCGUCCCCCAACCUGGACCUGCAGGGCGGAGUCAACGCAGAGGGGGGCGGAGCUAAACAGGACUGUCUGAGUCGCUACCGCAGCCUCGUCAACGGCCUCGACCACUCCCUCUUCCCCAGUGCUGACCAGACCCGACUGGACGAUGGACACCGGUUCGAGACCCCUGCUGUGGAGCCCACCCUGAACCAGUCCGGCUUACUGGGAGGUCUGAUGGGAGGUUAUAGUCCGGAUGUACGGAUGCAGCUGCACAUGACCGGUCUCAGGGACGACGCUGAGUGUCGGAGUGAUGGUUACUGCGGUUCUUUAGAACAGACCUAUAAGGUUCUUCCUGAAGCCAGACCGGGCGUUCCCUGCUCCUCGGACCCCUGCGGUAAACGGGGCGUCCCCUCGGGCCCCGGGGCCCCUGGAGACCCUUCAGGCUGGCAGCAGCACAAACAGAAACUGGAGAGUCUGCGGCUGCAGGUGGAGCAGAUGCAGUUAAUGACUGGUGGGAGUGGUCAGUACUCCGCUCUGUACCCGCCUCCUCUACAGACAGAGAGUAAAUGGGAGGCGGUUGUGAAGGCCAAUGAGAAUCUGCUGAAAGAAAAGGAGCUCAUCAUCGAAAGGCAGAAGCAGCAGCUGUGUCAGCUGGAGCAGCGUCUCAGAGAGAGUGAGCUGCAGAUACACAGCGCUCUGAUGGGCCGAGGAGCUCCGUUUACCGACGUCUGUCUGCUACGACUGCAGGAGGCUCAGCGCGAGAACGCGUUCCUGCGCUCUCAGUUUGCGGAGUGCAGCGACUCUCUGGCUCAGGAGAAGCUGGAGGCGGAGCGUCGACUGGCGGCUGUAGAGGUGGAGACCCAGCGGCUGAGCGAGACUCUGAAGGAGAGCCGAGAGAAACACAGUGAGGAGCUGAAGAAGCAGGAGGACCGGAUUCGAAAUCGAGAUAAACACAUCAACAACCUGAAGAAGAAGUGUCAGAAAGAGAGCGAGCAGAACCGAGAGAAACAGCAGCGUAUCGAAACGCUCGAGCGCUACCUCGCCGACAUGCCCACCAUGGAGGACUACCAGAACCAGCGGAAACGGUUGGAGGCAGCGGAGCAGAAGGUGGAUGAGCUCCAUGCUACAGAGCUGGCAUUGGAGGCCCAGCUGGAGGAGGCUCGAUCAGCCAAUCGCAGCAAAGACAGCCAGCUGGAGGAACAGAGACGCAGAGAGAGAGAACUGCUCAACACAGUCACCAGUCUGCAGGCGAGGGUUCAGGAAGGGCUGGAGGAUGGAGCUCGGUUGCCCUCUCUGGAUGUGGAGAAGCUCAGAGAGGAGAACGCUGCUCUGAGGGAGGAGCAGCAGAAGCUGAAGAAGGUCAUAGAGAAGCAGCUGAGGAUGAUGGAGCAGCUUGGCUCACAGAUCAGGAGUGUGCAGCAGCAGCUGUGUGAGGAGGAGAGCAGUAGUCAGGCUCUAAGGGAGGAGCUGGAGGUGAAGGAGAAGGAGCUGCUGCAGUUACACUCCGCCAUGAAGGAGCUGUUGGUGCAGAAUCAGGAUCUGAUGGAGCAGGGUGUGGGUCUGCGGGAGCGUCUGCAGGCGUCGGGGGGGUGGGCUGAUGGAGAGGUGGGCGGAGCCCUGCAGCUGGCGGGGGUCCAGCUCACUCAGCAGCUCCACAGAGAGAUGUCAGCCUGCCUGAGUGACCUGAGCUCCCUCUGCAGCGUCCUCACACAUACCGCACACGGCAAGGACCCCAACCUCUCCCUGCUGCUUGGAAUCAGCUCGGUUCCUGUGGUGUUGGAUCAGUGUGAUGACUGGAACAGUCCUGCUGUUCUGCAGAAGAAACUGCAGGAGGCGCUGCAGCUCCGCCGGGACGUGGAGGCCCUGCGGACCACCGUCUCGGACCGCUACGCCCAGGACAUGGGGGACAACUGCACCACCCAGUGACCCGCGGCCUGCAGAACCUGAGGAACCGACCAAACUCAUUCAGCUCGGGCCUUUUCCUCCAAAAGAACCAUUUGAACCAUGUGCCUUCUUUCAGAACCGUCUGGAACACUGAUCAGGUUCUGUUCAUGCUUUUUCUUCUGAAAGGGCUACAUUACUAACGCUGAUGCUAAUGCUAAUGCUAACGGACACUACAGUGGUUUAUUUUUAUAUAUACAGGAUGUAAUAUUGCUAUUUUUCUAAACUCUGCAGCCGCUUGUGUUCCUGUGUGACGUUAGCGUUCCCUGGUGUUGGGGAACGGAUGUGAUGUGGUUGACAAUCAACUGAAAAUGUUUUUAAUCUGUUUGUUUUCUGUAUUUUUGUGUGAAUUUAGGAGUGAUUUAGGAGUGCUCAUCAUCUCAGAUUAACAUGAGCGUGAGGGCGAACACUACAGCCUUUAUAUCUCACCUGUGCUGAGGUUGUGCCUUUAUGCGAAGUUAAAAUUACAUUUUUAAAAAUAAAAUUUGUAUUUGAUUUCUCUGUAUAGUUCAAUACUGAGGGUUUAAGAUCAACCCAUUCGGAAUAGUGGGGGUUUAAGAUCAACACAUUUACAGUGAGGGUUUGAGACUAGCUUGAUUAGAAUCGUGGGGGUUUGAGAUGGGCUCAUUCAGAAUCGUGGGGGUUUGAGGUUAGCUUAUUCAUAAUAGUGGGGGUUUAACAUGAGCUCAUUAAGAAUAGUGGGGGUUUGAGAUUAAACCGUUCAGACUGAGGUUUGAGGUUAACCCAUUUAGAGUGGGGGUUAAAGAUUAACCCAUGCAGAGUGGGGGUUUAAGAUAAACUAUUUCAGAACUGUGGGGGUUUGAGAUGAGCUCAUUCAGAGUGGGGGUUUGAGAUGAGCUCAUUCAGAGUGGGGGUUUGAGAUGAGCUCAUUCAGAGUGGGGGUUUAAGACGAGCUCAUUCAGAGUGGGGGUUUAAGACAAACUCAUUCAGAACUAUGGGGGUUUGAGAAGCUCAUUCAGAGUGGGGGUUUGAAAUUUAACCAUUUAAAGUGGGGGUUUAAGACAAACUCAUUCAGAGUGGGGGUUUAAGAUUAACCUAUGCAGAGUGGGGGUUUGAUACAAACUCUUUCAAAACGGUGGGGGUUUGAGAUGAGUAGUAUAUUUAGAAUAGGGGGGGGUUAAGAUCAAGCCAUUCGAAGUGCUUGUUAUGAACAGUGAGAGUUUCAGAUAAGCUUGUUUAGGAUAGUGGGGGUUUUAAAAACUUCAGAGUAGUGAUUUGGUGUGAAUUUUGGUUGGUCUCCUACGUUAAAUAAGGAUGUGGAAGCUAGACUCCUGCAUAAGUAGUUCGCAUGGACACUUCUAGCCAAAAGCUGCCGUUCACCAUCAUUACCACUGUAUCCUCUGCACCGUCCACUGUGGGUGGUAAUAUUAGCUUUUCAUGAUGUAUUCCCAUAACGCCCCAUCCAUCUGCACCCACUGUAAGACCAUACUCCAACUCCCAGUGGUAAAACAAAGCCUCACUCACAAGAUAACACCUCACAGCGUAUACAAGUGUGGGCAUUUCCAAGGUUUACAUACUUUACAUACUUCUCUCUCACUUCUGUCGACAUGUUGUACUGUUAGCGAUGUUGGUUAAAUUGGAAUUGAAAUAUGGGAAAAAAUAGUUUUUCUUUGGGGACUAUGAAUGCGCUUGUGAAUGUAUUCCUCCACCAGUUUAACGAUAUGUAAUUUUGGAAACAGGUUUUAGGUCCAGAAUUUUCUCAGAAUUCCAGGUGAUGUAUAUAGAGCCAUCAUAUAUAAUAAGAACUAUGAGUAACUAGAGCUUUUCACACCAAACCCUCUAAACCCCGCACUCUGAAUGCUACGUAUUUUAAAAUGACAUAACCUUCAUAAAAUAAAAUAAGACCUCGAUUAGAAAGCCGGGUGUUCAAUAAAGAGUAUGUGUAUAUAUAUAUUUCUAGUUUUUUUGUUUUGUUUGUUAAAAAGCUUCAUCAGCUUUCUCUCAGAACAUUCCAUCACAUUUAUAACAGGUGUAGAAAUUGAAAAUAUAUAUAUCCUUAACGAUUCAUUUAUUAACUAAGAUGUUUGCUUUUCUUAUAUUGAAUGUUAUAAUAACUCUACUACAGAAACAUGCUUUGUUACCUGUUAAAUAUUUAUUUAAAACUUUAGUUUGGAAACACUAAGAUUAUUUAAUCUUCUUUUUUUCAGAUCUAAUUUCACUACCUAAAAGGCUAAUGUGGCUAACGAGUAAUAGCCUCGCUAUUUAGCAUAGCUAUACAAGUUUAAGUUUGUGUAUUCAGACAUGCAUUUAGCGCAAUGCUAAUAAGUGUUUCCUCUGUUUAGAAACAGUGUCUUUAUGCUGGAGCUACAAGUUUACAGACCUGCAGUUAGCAUCAGGCUAAUCUAAGCCACAAGUUACAAGCCAUUAGCCUUGUAAAAUUAGUGUAAGCGUAAAGACAUGCAGUUAGCACAAUGCUAAUUCACAUAUCCACUAUUUAGAAACAGUAGCUUUAUGCUGGAGCUACACGGUUAAAGAAUUGCAGUUAGCAUCAUGAUAAUCUUAGCCACAAGAUAGCAAUAUUAGCCUGGCAAUAAAGACAUGCAGAACCUCUUAACUCCAGCUUAUCUUAGCUCAGCUUUCGUUUUAUACUGAAGCUGCAGGACUAAAAACGCACAGCUAGCAACUUGCUAACUAAAUCACUCAUUUACUAAUUCAUAACUUGGCUACAUUAGCUUUACACUUGAGCUACAAUGCCAAAUAUGCAAUUAGCAGCAAACUUUCCCAUUCCCAAGUAAUAUUAGCAUCAUUGCUCCAGUGCAAGACUAAAACACAUGCAGUUAGCACCAUGCUAAUUAACUUAUCCACGAUUUGUAACAUAAGUUUUAUACUGGAGCUACAAGGCUAGACUAAAAAUGGACUUAGCACCAUGCUAAUUAGCUUAUCCACUCUUUAGCCACAUUAGCUUUGUAGUUUAAACCUAAAGAAGCUUGGUGUGAGCCAACUUAUUGACUCAAUUCAGUGUUUUUGAGUUGUUUUGAGUUUAUUUGCUUUAAAAAACUGAAUUAUCCUUUAUGUUUCAGAGGCAUUUUGCACAAAGACGAGGUCGUGUUACAUUUUGUGUUAGCAUAGCAGAGAGUGGUGUGAGAUUUGUCUGUAAAGGGGCUAAUCUGUCUAAUUUUGUGGGUUUUUUUUGUAUGAAAUGAACAGGUUAGCACAGCUAUAAUCUACUGGUUUGUGUGAAAGGUAGUUGUAAUCAUCAGCACUGGAUUUCCUUCAGUGUUAGCAUCGUUACAUUAGCAUUGUUUUUAGCAUUAGCUGCAAACGAAUGGCCGUAACCUGUAGUAGAGUGAAUGGCUGUUUUUUGGGGUUUAUUUGAAGUUGUGCCUUUUCUGCAUUUAAUUCAGUGUAUCAAGAUAAAAGGUCUUCAUAAGGAACCUUGUUAUUAAUAUGGCAUUUUGAUACCCGUUUAAACAAGUCUUCCAUUCAGUUUUCUGUUUGUCGUUUAAUAUUAAUAAAUAAAAUGUCUUUACUAAAGUAUGACGAGGUUUAUUUUGAAGAUGUAUACAUUAUUAAGCUGCUAGAUUUCAAUGCAAAUGCAGAUUUAUUUGAAAAUCAAAAUAUCGAUGCCGUAUUUUUGGUCCAGAGACACGUUUCUGAACUAAAAGCCAAUGUUGGAACAUUUUGAUAAAGUUUCACCAUAACCAGCCUGGAAAACCUGAUCACUAACGCCUCCUCAACACUAAACCUGUUUAUAUGUGUAUGAUACUCUUGUUUUGAUUUUUGAUGCUGUUCUUAGAAAUAAAGAUUUUUCUUCUAAA